GCGCAGGCGCAGCCCCCCCGCCCCGCCCCCGCCAGCGCGUCGUUCCACAAAUGGCGGCUCCGCUGGGAGGCAUGUUCUCCGGGCAGCCACCUGGGCACCCGGGGGACUCCAGGGGCCAGCCUUCGCUUCUUCAGGCCGCGCCAGGCCCCCCGAGAGCUUCUAACAGUACCUUGGUGGACGAGUUGGAGUCCUCUUUUGAGGCCUGCUUUGCCUCUCUUGUGAGUCAGGACUACGUCAAUGGCACGGAUCAGGAAGAAAUUAGAACUGGUGUUGAUCAGUGUAUCCAGAAAUUUCUGGAUAUUGCAAGACAGACGGAAUGUUUUUUCCUACAAAAAAGAUUGCAGUUAUCUGUCCAGAAACCAGAACAAGUUAUCAAAGAGGAUGUCUCAGAACUGAGGAAUGAAUUACAGCGGAAAGAUGCUCUGGUCCAGAAACACUUGACAAAACUGAGGCAUUGGCAGCAGGUACUGGAGGACAUCAACGUGCAGCACAAAAAGCCAGCUGAAAUCCCUCAGGGCUCCUUGGCCUACCUCGAGCAGGCGUCUGCUAAUAUCCCUGCACCAAUGAAGCAAACCUGAGUCAAAGCCGGCCUGAAGGUGAUCCGGUGUGUGAGCCUAAACCCAGUGUUGACAAACAUCACUUCUUGUGGACACAUUUUGGAAGAACUCUUUACCAAAGAAAGAGAUGAUUUUUGUUUGAUGAGUUCACCUAAAGUUUUCCGUUUAUUUUUAUAAGCAUUAUUUCUCGAGUACUUUAUAAAAUGCCUCUAUAGUUUGGGUAAAUCCAGUAAAUUUUCUUGUCUUUAGCAAAGUUUAGACUGUUAGUGUGAUGCCACUUACAGAUUACCCUUUUGUGUUUCUUUUUUUCUGUUUUGUUUUGUUUUUGUAUGACUUAAUUGUGUUUCCAAUUUUAGAUUAGUUUGUGUGAUAUGAUAUGAGAAUGAGAGGAUGAGGGUUUUAGUUUUAGACCUUUUAUGACAAUUAUCCCUUAGUGAGUACAGAGAAAUAGGUAAAUUUGCAUGUUUCAAGACUUUAAAUUACCUCAAGAAGAGGAAUCUAAUACAGUGAUGUUUGUAAUGCAUCCAGAGCUCUCAGAAUGAGAUUUUAUAAAUAGAUUGAAAGGAUUAUAAUAUCCUACGUUAGUGUAGUAAUAGUACAGUAGGAUCCUUAUGUUGAUGUUGACUUUUAUUUGGGGAAGUUUAUAUUUUGUGUGGUAUUUUUCCCUUUUUGGGGUGGAGGUGUGUAGUAAGAGCAGUGAUAAGAUAAAUUUUUACAUUCUGCAGGGAUGAGUCAGUUUAAGGGGACAGACCUUGUUUUUAGCAUGACAGUUGAGGCAGGCAUUCAUGCAGUAUGAGAAGUUAAAGUUUGCUAUGAUCAUCUCUUUUUAUUUUGAGUUUUGUUUGUGUCAUUUUUGUUUUUUGUAGCAGAAUUUUCCACUAAAGGAUGGUCUUUGCUAAUAAGUGACAUUGAUUCCAAAAGACUGGGGCAUCCAGGUGGGGAAUGGGCUGUAGGGGGUGACCCUCAGCAAACUCCCCAUCCUCAAAAAUCAUGGGAGCUUCAGUGUUUGGGAAGACAUUUUACCCUCUUGUUGGUUACACGGACCAAUGAGAUUUUCUUUUGAGCCGCCCUUAAGAAAUACAGAAGGGCAUUGCUCUUGGUGCUCCCUAGAUGGGAUUUUCCUUUUUCUGUUGUUUACAGUCUCUUAUCAGAUUACAUUUCCUAAUGUAAAACAAAUGCUCUAUUGUUUUCUAAACAGGCAGUACUUCUGCAGCCAGGCAUCCUGAUUUGUUUUGUUUCCUUCAGCCUUGAAGGCUCCUCCCUACCUAACAUUGACAUCCAUCCAUUCAUGGUUGUUUGGCCUGGAUGCCACCUGGUCCCUGAAGCCUCUGCGUGCUCUCUCUGCUGCACCCCAAGGACAUAGGACUUGCUGUCUCUUUGCCAGCCUUGUUUGAUUCUCCCUGGGGGGGGGGGGGGGCAUUAGUGAUUUGUAUCUCUCUCUGUGCCCCUCAUGAGAAGUAGGCAUUGUUCCCCUCUGAAUGUACAGUGACCACUUAUUUAUCUUUUAUGCGUAAUGCUUAUUAUUCAUUUUUGUUUGUGUGCAUGUGUGUAGAGUAUAAAGCCUGGGGCCAACCCCCCAGUAUAGAUUAAACAAAGCUUUUAAAAGUAGUUCUUACUCACAUUAUAUGACAUCAAGGUUGUUAACCUGGCCACCUCACACCAAUUAGAAGCCCUGAUUGGCAGCUUUAGAUUUCUUGAUUAAAAAACCUAAAUAAACGGGUUAAGUUUUAGGCAGUCAUUCAUUAAUAAAGAGGUUCUUACUGAAAAGAUUGAGAACUAUUCCAUUUGGUGCUUAGUGAAAAUAUUUUGAAUUCAUGUAAGUACCAAUUAAUUGCCAUUUCUUUAUUCAAAAAUUUUCUGUCAAAUAAAUAAUUUUUCAAUCUUA